AUGACGACCACCGAUGCGUUGCAGUAUUUACAGGAGUCGGACAGCGGCGAUUCCGAUGCAGGUGAGCUGUCGGAGGUUGAGAGUGAUGGCGAGCAUUCCUGGGUGGAUGAAAACAGGUCGUCCUCAUCCUCAUCCGAGGGUGAAUGUGAUUCUCCACCAACGAAAAAGAGGUCUGUGCUUCCACCGGAGACUACGGACACAGAUGAUGUCAUGCCCACGGCUGACGGAGCUGGUGUUCCCGAUCUGGGUGUGGAAAAGGGGAAAGACGGGACGGUGUGGAAGGUCCUCCUGCCAACUGAUCGUCCUGGGAAAAGGAAGACCCACAAUGUGAUCACCGAAGUUGCCGGCCCCACGGCGCACGCUAGGCGCAACAUUGAUGGUGCGCUUGCGUCCUUCGUGUGUCUAGUUGACAGUGACAUGCUGGCGCACAUCGUGGCAUGCACUGUAGCGGAGGCACGUCAGCAGCUUGGUGGUGGCUCAUGGAACCUGACAGUGGCCGAAGUAAAGGCUUUUCUCGCCAUGCUUUUUAUCCGGGGCGCACUGUCUAAAGGCAUGGAGUUGGCCAAGAUGUGGUCUGAAAAAUGGGGCGUCCCGUUUUUCAGGGAAACCAUGUCCAGGAACCGCUUCAAGGAGAUCAUGCGGUUCCUGCGAUUUGACAAAAAGGAGACCCGGUGUGUACGUCUGCAGGAUGACAAGUUCGCCCUGAUGUCGGCCACCUGGAACAGGUUUGUAGAGAACUGCAUAGCCUGCUACAAGCCUGGUGCAGACAUCACAAUAGAUGAGCAGCUGUUAUCCACCAAGGCCCGGUGUAAAUUCCAGCAGUACGCGGGCAAUAAGCCAGACAAAUUUGGCAUCAAAUUCUGGCUGGCUGCAGAUGUAAACAGCAAAUACAUGCUAAACGGGGCUCCUUAUCUGGGUAGAGAUGAGACGCGAAGAGGUCUGCUCUUAGGAGAGAGUGUGGUGUUGUCCCUGGCGGCUCCAUACCUGGAGAAGGGGAGAAACAUCACAACAGACAAUUUCUUUACGUCCCUGAGGCUGGCCAACAUCUUACAGAAAAAGAAGACCAGCCUCGUUGGUACCCUGGGGAAGAGGAAGCGUGAGAUGCCUCCCUCCGCAAAAGAGAAAGCAGAGCCGUUCAGCACCAAGGUGCUGAAAUGUGGCGACGUCACACUCACCAUCUGCCAGGGGAGGCCAAGUAAGAAUGUGUGCAUUUUGAGCUCCGUGCACACAACCGUGGGCAUCACGGAUGGGCCGAAGUCAAAGCCGGAGUCUGUCACGUAUUACAACAACACCAAGUACGGUGUGGACGUCUUGGAUCAGAUGGUACGCAUGUACUCGGUGAAAAGUGGUACCCGCAGAUGGCCGGUAGCGGUGUUCUACAACAUCUUGGACCUGGCUGGGAUCAAUGCCCACAUCCUCUACAAGGAGUGCACCGAUGCCAACAUAACCCGGAGGAACUUCCUGCUUCUACUGGCGGAGGAAUUGAGAGCGGAGUUUAUGAAGGGGAAGUUGGCACAAGGUCCCAGUCAGCAGCUGAAGAUCACAACACCGCAGAAGACACCGAGGCGGAGGCAGUGUCAGGUUCGGAGGGGCUGCAACAAGAACAAAACAUGUGAAAUCUGCUCCAAAUGCCACAAACACGUGUGUGGCAGAUGUGAGCGGAGGAGAGACGUGGUUUGCAUUGCCUGUGACCCCUAA